AUGGCGGCUCGGGGCGCCGCUCGGGCCGCGCUCCUGCUGCUGCUGGGGGCGGCGGCGGCGCCGGGCCCUGCUCGCGGCUCGCAGGGCGACCGGGAGCCCCUGUACCGGGACUGCCUGGCCCGCUGCGAGCGGCGCAACUGCUCGGGGGCGGCGCUGCGGCACUUCCGCGCCCGCCAGCCGCUCUACAUGAGCCUCACAGGCUGGACCUGCCGAGAUGACUGCAAGUACGAGUGCAUGUGGCUCACGGUGCGGGCCUACGUCCAGGGCGGCUACAAAGUGCCUCAGUUCCACGGCAAGUGGCCCUUCUCUCGCUUCCUGUUCUUCCAGGAGCCCGCGUCUGCCUUCGCCUCCUUCCUCAACGGACUCGCCAGCUUUGUGAUGCUGCACCGCUACAAAGCCUCCGUCCCGCCCUCCUCGCCCAUGUACCACACGUGCAUCACCUUCGCCUGGGUCUCCUUAAACGCCUGGUUCUGGUCCACUGUUUUCCAUACGAAGGACACAGCUGUAACGGAGCUCUUGACCCUCUGGACGCCGUCUGUGUUAUCCCUGCUCUCUGCACUCCCAACCUGGCCUCGUGUCUCGCAGAAGCUGGAUUACUUCUGCGCUUCGGCCGUCGUCCUGCACUCCAUCUACCUGUGCUGUGUCAGGACGCUGGGCCUGAAGCGGCCAGCCUUAAUCAGCAUCUUCAGGGCCUUCCUCCUCCUCUUCCUCACCUGCCACAUCUCCUACCUGACGCUCGUCCAGUUUGACUACGGCUACAACAUGGCCGCGAACGUGACGAUCGGCCUCCUCAACCUCUUCUGGUGGCUGUGGUGGUGCGUGCAGAACCGCCCGCGCCUGCCCCACGUCUGGAAGUGCGCCGUGGUGGUGCUGCUCCUGCAGGCCCUCGCCCUGCUCGAGCUCCUCGACUUCCCCCCGCUCUUCUGGGUGCUGGACGCCCACGCCAUGUGGCACAUCAGCACCAUCCCCCUCAACGUGCUCUUCUACAGCUUCCUCGUGGACGACAGCCUCUACCUCCUGAAGGCCAACUCGGACCUCUUCAAAGCAGACUAGCGGCGCGGGGGGAAGAGCAGCCCCCCGGCCGCUGCCCGCGGAGGCCUCCCUGGGGCGCCGCCCCGCCGUGUGCCAAGCGGAGCCCCGCCGCCCGGCCCCCUCGGUCCCCGGGCCGCGGGCUCCUGCCUUCCGCUGCCUUCCGAGGUUGACUUUGCUCUCGCUGGGCAUCCCCGGCCCGCCCCGGCUUGCUGCCCGCGCCGCGCCGGCGGCCGCCGCUGCCGCGGAGCCCCACAGCCCGCGAGGUGGCAAUGGCUGUCGGGGCCGGCGGCGCAGCGGGGGGACGGGGCGGGGGGCGGGUGUGUGCCCCACGGGGCUGCGCAGUGCUUGUGCCCGAUGGUGCCUGCGCCCCGGCACACGCGUGCGCCGCGUACGCGCCCGGGGGUGCUCGGGGUGCCCGUGUGGGUGGGUGCUGCUCCGCCUUCGGGGGCUCAGCCCCUGCCUGACGUGGGGUCCGGGCUGUUGGUGUAAUGUGUGGGGCUGACAGGGUGCUUUUGCUCAUCCAUGGUCCCUGGGGCGCCCUGGGGAGGGGCUGUGCCCCCCAGGACCCCCCACAACCCCCCCUUCACCCCUGUGUGUCGUGGGCUCUGAAUAAAGCUGGUUUUUAAUCUA